AUGGCUCUGCUGCUGCUGCUGCUGGUCCCAUGUCUCCUCGCUGUGUCACAGAGAGAUGAAAACGUUUAUGUUUCUGGGAUCAGCAACGCCUGCAGUGAGAUGGUCCAGCUCCGGUCCUCCUCUGGUCUGGUCUCCAGUCCUGGAUGGCCUUUUCAAUAUCCUUCUAAAGUCAACUGUAGCUGGAACAUUCGCGCUCGCCCAGGAGACACGGUCACUCUGAGUUUUCUGGACUUUUCGCUGCAGUCCUCUCAGCGCUGCUCUUCAGAUUAUCUGCUCAUUGACGGUUUGAAACUGUGUGGAACCAGCAGACCAGCUCCAUAUACGUCCAACAGCAACCAGGUGUCCAUCCACUUCCACUCGGAUGCAGCUGUGAGCGCAAAGGGCUUCAGGCUGGAGUACAGCUCAGGUCGUGCCUCCUCCUCCUCCUGUGCUCCUGACCAGUUUCACUGCUCCUCUGGUCGUUGUAUUCCCGAGUCGUGGAGGUGUAACUCUCAGGACGAGUGCAGAGACGGCUCGGAUGAGGAGGUGUGUGUGGACUCCUUCACUCCGUGCUCCUACGCAUCCUUCCCCUGUGUGUCCCGGUACACGAGGGUCUACACCUGCCUCCCUCAGAGCCUGAGGUGUGACGGGAGCAUCGACUGUCAGGACCUCAGUGAUGAAGUAGACUGUGAUGUUCCCUUCUGUGGAGAACGUCUGAAGAACUUCUUUGGUUCCUUCAGUUCUCCAAACUACCCCGACUUCUACCCCCCCGGGUCCAACUGCACCUGGGUCAUCGACACUGGAGACCACCGCAAGGUGAUCCUGCGGUUCACUGACUUCAAACUGGAUGGGACUGGCUUCGGGGAUUUUGUGAAGGUCUUUGAUGGUCCGGAUGAGAACCCCAGGCGUCUACUGCGGGUGCUGACGGCCCUGGACUCACGAGGCCCCAUGCUGGUAGUGUCUACGUCAGGACAGCUACGAGUGCACUUCUACGCUGACAAGAUCAACGCAGCCAGAGGCUUCAAUGCCACCUACCAGGUGGAGGGCUUCUGUCUGCCCUGGGAGCUCCCCUGUGGAGACGGCUUCGGCUGCUACAGCUCAUCCAACCGCUGUGACGGGUUCUGGCACUGUCCAAACGGCCGUGACGAGGCCAACUGCUCCUGGUGUCAGCAGAACGAGUUCCCCUGCUCCCGGAACGGAGCCUGCUACCCGAGCUCCGACCGCUGCAACUACCAGAACCGCUGCCCCAAUGGGUCUGAUGAGAAGAACUGCUUCAGCUGCCAGCCUGGGAACUUCCACUGCCGGAAUAACCGGUGUGUGUUUGAGUCUUGGGUGUGCGACUCUCAGGAUGAUUGUGGUGACGGCAGUGACGAGGAGGCAUGUCCUGUGACUGUCCCCACACGGGUAAUAACGGCUGCUGUGAUUGGUUCUCUGAUCUGUGGACUCCUGCUGGUCAUCGCUCUGGGCUGCACCUGUAAACUGUACUCCCUGAGGUUGUUUGAGAGAAGGUCCUUUGAGACGCAGUUGUCCCGAGUGGAGGCGGAACUUCUCAGGAGAGAGGCCCCACCCUCUUAUGGUCAGCUGAUCGCUCAGGGUCUGAUUCCCCCAGUGGAGGAUUUCCCCGUCUGCUCUGGCAACCAGGCCUCAGUACUGGAGUCCCUGCGUGUGGCUGUACGUGCUCAGCUGCAGUUCCCCUCCCUGAGGUUGGGGCGGCGCUCUUCUUGGGGGCGUUGGUUUUCCUCUAGGCGUCGUUCGUCAGUGGCAUUGGUGUCGUCUGAGUUGGAGGCGGGGCGUCUCCAUGGUGACGGCUCUGAGGGGGCGGAGCCUCUGUUGCAGGAGGCUGAGCCUGAAGGGGCGGUGGGCGGAGUCUCCCAGAAGGUUCCCAUUGAAACAACGACAUCGUCAUCAACACAAACGGUGACAUCACAGCGAGUCACAUGGCCUCUGGACUCUGGCUCUGCCUCUCUGCAACGACUCGCCUCAAACCUGCAGCGUCUGCUCAACCCUGACCGUAACCGUGGCAAUGAGGAAGCCCCUCGCCCCGCUGUCUCCCCACAGCAGGAGUUUCCACAGAGCCCUCCUCAGCGAGCAGCGAACGGCCCAUGGCAAGUGGACGGGGAAGUGGAGGGAGGAAAGGAGAAACGAAAUGAGAGUUCAGGAGAGAGGAUCACUGGUGGAUGUAAAAGUAGCAGUCGCAUUUACCACUCAUGGCUCACUGAGUGUUGA